UGCGGGAGCAAGUGCAGCGGCCACGUCCUGGUCUUAGCCCCGCCCCGGGGCACUAAGGGCAACCUCUGGGCCAGCGGUAAGGGACAAGUCACCCUGCCUGCCAGACCCGCACCCACGACACUCUGGUGACAGCAGCCCCGGCGAGAUCAGCAGUCCCAAGUCUGCUGAGACUGUCGGGGCCUGGGGACCUUUGGAGGCCACGACGAAUAAAGAGGAAGCAGCAUCUCAGAUCCUCCCUGGUGCGGCCUUGCCCAGGACCCGGGAGGCAGCUGGCAAACGCCCACCGCGGCUUGCCUGGCACGCGUGAGUCCCUGGGAAUUCCCACGAGCGCUCUCCGAGGGCUACGUCUGGCAGCCGGGCGCGCAGGGGCCGCGGACGCCCUUGACUGAGCUUCUAAACUGGGUCUGUCCCUAGCCUCCGCCAGUGAGGCCUCAUUCCCAGGUAGGCUUUGAAGAGAGAUCGUGGCACCCUGGAUCAGUUUUUGGAUUCCCGAGGCAGCUCAAGCACGCACCAGCGGGCAUACAGCUGCCUCAAAGAGUUGGGCAAGAUGCUGUUUGGCGUAAAGGACAUUGCACUGUUGGAGCACGGGUGCAAGGCCCUGGAGGUGGACAGUUACAAGUCCCUGAUGAUCCUGGGGAUUCCGGAGGACUGCAACCACGAGGAAUUUGAAGAGAUCAUACGGGUCCCUCUCAAGCCUCUGGGCAAAUUCGAAGUGGCGGGGAAAGCCUUUCUGGAGGAAGACAGAUCCAAGGCAGCCAUCAUUAGACUGGCGGAGGAUCUCAAUUAUGCCGUGGUCCCCAGGGAGAUCAAGGGCAAGGGUGGGACGUGGAGAGUGGUCUACAUGCCCCGGAAGCAGGACAUCGAAUUCCUGACCAAACUGAACCUGUUCCUGCAGAGCGAGGGCAGAACGGUGGAAGAUGUGGCCCGGGUCCUGAGACAGGAACUGUGCCCGACAGCGACAGGUCCCAGAGAGCUGCCCGCAAUGAAGUGCUGCAUGCCCCUGUCUGGGGAGCUCCCAGAGGCUGGGGCCACUGCCAGGCUGGAUGCGGUGCCACCCCUGGACUCCCUGGAGAAGGAGAACAAGGCUGGAGAGGGCAAGAGAAACAAGAGGAAGCACAAGAAAAACCGUCGUCGGCACCACGCCUCCGACAAGAAGCUGUGAGCCGUCGUUGGUGGGCCCAGGGCACGUGGAGCAGGAGGGUGGGAGUCUUCUGAGUGGUCGGAGGGAUGACUGGGGGAGGGCGGCACCAGUCGACGAAUCGGGGGGAUGCAGUGAGUGUGGGUAACCUGCGCGAAGCGAUGGUUGUUGUUCCAAUGAGUGGGUGACUUCUGAGGAAGAAUGAGUACCGUCUGAGUGUCAGGGGACAUGCGACUAGUGUGAAUGCGGCUAGGCAUUUUUAUCUAACUUGUGGGUUACAGCCCAGUGGGUGUGGCUAACGUCUGGUUGAGUGGGGGUCUUUCCUUCCUUCUUUCAUUCACUCUGCGGAUAUUUAUGGUGCACCUACUGUGUCCUAGCUUUAUCCUAAGAGCUGGGGAUACAGAAGGCACUAAAACAAAAUCCCUGCCUUCAUGACACUGGUAGUAGUAAUUGUGUUGCUUGGAUGCAUCUAAGUGAGCGGAGGUAUUAUUCCAGUAGAUGUAGGUAGGGGCUCAGCGCUCACCUCUGAUUGGGUCUGGAUACUUCAUUCAUCAAUUAUCAGUCGUCUAACCAACAAAUAUUUCCUGAGCAUCUGCCUUGUGCUAGGCACUGGGGAAAUGGCGGGAACAAAUCUAAACCUUGCCCUCGUGGCUGUCAUAGUCAAUGUUGGUGCGGGUGACUAUUGAGUCACCUGAAUACAUGUGAGUGAGCAGGGCGCUCAGCGUGUGGGCUGCAUCUGCUGUGAGAUUGGAGAGUAUGGGUGGCAUCUGAUUGUGCUCUACGAGAUCCAGUGGGUAAUAAUUUGAGGAGUUAUGGGUGACAUUUGAGAGUAUGCACCUGAGUAUGUGCGCGGGUAUUAUUUGAGUGAGUGAGGGUAACUUCUGAAUGAGGAAGGGUCACACAGAUCCGUAAACGACUCCUAACAACUGGGAGACCGAGCCGACCAGCUGCGCAGUCGCAGUCGGAGCCAGAGCCCAGCUGCGCGUCCCACCGUUGCCACGGAGACCGUGGCUGCCCCCAGGCGCCUGCUGGGGUUUGCAGGAAAUGGAGGACAGACACACAGUGUCUUGGAUUUCAAGGUUUUGCAGGUCUCUUGCUAGAGUCGAGGAAAAUUCAAGCACAGCCGGGAAGGAAGACUGUCAGGGCGAUCCUUGCUCCGCCAUCGUUACCGCCCUGGUGUGUCGCGCACCGCCCCGCUUGUGGGGGGCAGGGGACCUAGACUCUUUUAUCUUUACAUCCUUCUGGAAAUCCUUCCAUUGCAGUCUAGAGCGGUUUUCCGUCUUUCAAAAGGAUGACCCUUGAAUGUACCUCUGACACGAACUUGUCCGGAAUGGACCACCUUGUUUAGCACGUCAAGCAGAAACCUUGGUGAGGAACUCUACUCUAUGUGUGACUCUCAAAAGCUGUCGCUGUUCUCCACACGUUGUCUCCCCUGCAGAAGCGGUGAAACCAGGCCCUUCUCCCCUGAUUGGCGCCUGGGAGGAAGUGCAGGUGUCCCCACAUUAGGUCCUGGGAGGGUGGGGGACGCUUGCUCUACUCUCUAAAGAACAAAAGGCAACACUUCACAUAAAAGAGCAGAAAAUGUAAGAGUUCACUUUGAGCAGUUAUUAAGUAACAUUGAGUCCCCAAGUCCAUGAGCUGAGUCCCCUGGAAUGAAGGAGAAAAAGAAUCAGGUAAAAUCCAAUUGUGAGUGGGUCCAGUCAUCCCUCCUUUGGGGACACCAGACUGACUUUGCAAACUUCUGUCAUCCGUUCAGGGAUCUGCAAAGGUUUGAAUGACUUUAUUUUUAAAAAUGUAAUUUACAAGAGUGCUUGCCUUGUAAGCACAAGGCCCUGGGUUUGAUCCCCAGCACCCCCCCAAAUGUAAUUUACACACACACACACACACACACAUACACACACACACUCAGAUUCUUAUCUACCAACUUAUAACACUGGAUUCCUCUGGUGUCAUAGGAUGGUGGGCAUCAGUCAUGUCUGGGACCUCUAGCAUCCAUCCCCCUUUCUUAUUUUUGGGAAGCUGUCCCCACAACCCCCGCCAGAGCCAAAAGGUGGAGGCUCUCUCUGGCCAAGCUCCCCUUACAGCCCGACCCUCAGGUCCUGUUAGGUGCCCUGGUUCCCAGCAAGAAACCUAAGGAAUUUUUAGAAUUCACUUGGUUGAUGUCACCAAACCCAAACCUUGAAGACUCCGAUUUCUGCCCAUUUCCCAAGCGUUGACCUGUGUGUGCGUGUGUGUGUGUGUGUGUGUGUGUGUUUGUGCGCGCGUGCACAUACACAAUGGUGGGAUAAAGCCUUUCCUGCCAUCCUCACAUAUAUAUUUGAACUUCUGCCCAUCCAUGAUCAAGAAAUUUGCAGCCCUGUGUGUUAUCGUUUCAUCGCCUGUGAAUUCCCACCCCGGGCAUGCCCACGUGCAGAAUGUUCUACACUGUGCUUCUUGUUCCAUCACAGUCUGAACCUGGACAAUGGCCACACGGCCUCCAGCACGUUUGUUGGUUGCAUGCCGUGCUCCUGUCAGGGCAUAAUCCUUGUAUAUAAUCAUAGAGGACAGUGUGACAUUUCUUAUCAUUGUCUUGCAGCCUGAGACAGUAUUUGUGCUUAUUGUGGUUUGGGGUGUCUCUCCCUCUAGCUUUUGUGUUUGUGAUACACAACCUGAGUGUAUGGUGGCUUUGACGUGGCCCAUGCCCAUGCCCAUUCGCCACUUCCUUUGGGAGGUUUUCUGGACCUGUUGAGUCUGAUGGGGUUGUAGUGCACAUUGUCAGAUCAAAGACUGUCAACACCUUGAGUUGCUUACCGCAGUCAAGGCUUCACUAGCACCGCCCAUCCCAGGUGGAAGUUCAUGGGUAGAUUGGAUGGGCUACAGCGAGUCUUCGUCAACCCCGAUCUCAAAGGUGGGCUUAGCUAAACCCCUUUAUCGCUCUUUGUGGUUGAUGUUCUACUGUACAAAUAAGAACUGACAGAAUAAAUGUAUGCAAAUGAAACCAGUCUGCUCUUUAAUGUU